AUGAAACUGUCGCCAGUAUGUUUUCUGCUUGUGGUGCUUGCAUUGGCAUUGGGUCACUCCACAGCUGGACUCCCGUUGAAGAAAAAAGAGGAUGCUUAUGUGACCCUGUUGUAUGGAGAUGAGUUCCUGCUUGGAGUUAGAGUUUUAGGGAAGUCGAUUAGAGACACUGGAUCGAGGAAGGAUAUGGUGGCUUUGGUUUCAGAUGGGGUCUCAGAUUAUGCCAAGAAGCUGCUUGAGGCUGAUGGGUGGAUGGUGGAGACAAUAAGCUUAUUAGCAAAUCCUAAUCAAGUUCGACCGACGAGGUUCUGGGGUGUAUACACAAAGCUUAAAAUCUUCAACAUGACCAAUUACCGUAAAGUGGUAUAUCUUGAUGCAGACACUAUUGUAGUAAAAAACAUCGAGGAUCUCUUCAAAUGUAGCAAGUUCUGUGCGAAUUUGAAGCAUUCAGAAAGGCUUAAUUCUGGAGUCAUGGUGGUGGAGCCAUCUGAAGUGGUUUUCAGUGAUAUGAUGACCAAAGUGAACACAAUGUAUUCUUACACUGGAGGAGACCAGGGGUUCCUGAAUUCAUAUUUCCCAGACUUCCCAAAUGCGCAUCUUUUCCAGCCUGGUUUAUCCAAGGAAGAGUUGGAUUCUAGACCUACACCUAAUAUGGAGAGACUGUCUACCUUGUACAAUGCAGAUGUUGGUCUCUACAUGCUUGCUAACAAGUGGAUGGUUGAUGAGAGUGAACUCCGUGUUAUUCACUAUACCCUUGGUCCCCUUAAACCCUGGGAUUGGUGGACUUCUUGGCUGCUGAAACCCGUGGAUGUGUGGCAGAAUGUCCGAGUGAAACUUGAGGAAACCCUUCCUGGUACUAAGGGUGGCAAGAAUCCCCACGACCAACUACUAGUUAAUUUCCUUUUUGUUUUGCCACUGUUUGCACUAGCCCUCUGCUACUACCAAUCUUUUUCCCAGGCUCGCAUGCUUUGCAGGGGUUCUGUAUUUGAUCAUAUCAGACACCUGUAUUACAGGAUUAGAUCCAAUGGAGCACUUGCCUAUAAUGGUGUUUCUUCGUCCUCUCCCAUCAAUUUUACACAACAGUGCAAGUGGCCUGCUUAUCUGGUUGGACUUUCUGUCGGUGCAUGUUUUAUGGCUGCAUUGAUGUCCCUUGGAAUUAGUGUUGCAAUUGUGCCACAUCAAGUAAUGCCAUGGACUGGUUUGCUCUUAAUGUACGAGUGGACAUUCACUCUCUUCUUGGUUCUAUUCGGAGGGUUUCUCCAUUUGAUCUACCUGUGGGGAAGGACAGCAGCAAUGCAAGCAGCACCACAUUCCUCUGAUUCUGAAUCAUCAUACGACUCCGGAAAAGGUCAUCAACGGUCAGCAUCCUCUUAUGAUCUUGGUGUGUGGUUUUAUUGGGCGGGGAUGGCCUUUUUGGCCAUUGGAGUCCCUUCUUUGCCCCAUAUUUUUGGCGUUACUGCACUAUUCGCAAGGUUGGGGUUGAUUGUUGCCGGAGGGAUGAUUUUGGCUUCGUUCAUGACAUACGCGGCAGAGCAUCUCUCAAUCAGGUCAUACCUGAAAGGCUUUGAAGAUCGGGACGUAACACGAGGGAGAAGCCUAUGUUAG